UUUAUUAUUUUACUUUAUUUUUUUUUUUCGAAUAAAACGCCUGUAAAUAACUAUAUAAAAAAAAAAGCUUAUUUAUUUGUGUUUGCAUAUUUAAUAUAGACACGCUUUAAUUAUUAUGCCGUUUUUCCCGGAUAAUUCAUUUCGAGAAUUUGUUCAACAAUACAAGGAACAUAUUAAAGAAAAAGAAGAAAGUAAUAAGGAUAAUUGGGAAUUUUAUGUAAAGAAUAAAGACUUUACCGUCUAUCGUCGACCUGCUCAUGAUCGUAAUCCGAAUUUAUUUGAAUAUCGUUCCUUUGGUGGAUGGGAUGAUGUUGAAGCAGACAUACUAGCCCAUGUCUAUCUCGAUCUUGAAUUUAGAAAGAAAUGGGACAAGAACAUGCAAUCUCAUCAAUACUUUCAAGUGACGACAAGUACAAAAGAGAAUGAUUAUAAUGGAAAUCAUUUUGAAAUGAAAUAUCCAUGGCCACUUGCGAAUAGAGAUUAUGUGUAUACCAUUGAGCGUAAGAUAGUAAAGGAUAAAAAUGAAGGUAAAGAAUAUCAGGUGAUUCUCGGAGAAUCAUUACCUUCAAACUAUUUUCCUGAGCGUAAAGGUGUCAUUCGUAUUGAUACAUAUAUGCAGAACAUAUGUAUUACAUCAACUGAAAAUGGAAAAGGAUGUAUUGUAUUUAUGGAUUAUUUUGAUGAUCCAAAGGGUAAUAUACCAAAGUCACUUAUUAAUUGGGCUGCAAAGACAGGUGUUCCAACAUUUAUUAAUAAUUUAAAAGCAGCUUGUCAAGAAUAUAAAAAAGAACAUCCAGAUGGCACACCCCCUUUAGAUAAACCUAAUAUUAUUGAACUCUAAUAAUCACAGUAGAACAAACAGCAGCAACAACAGCAACAACAGCAAAAAGCCCUGAUAAAUUACGUAUUAUUAUUAACUUGAUUUAGAAGAAGAAU